UCCUGUCAGUCAGGUUUCUCUCCGAGGGUACAGCAAAGGGAGAGCAGUCGGGUCCACGUUGACACUCAGGUGAGUUUGUGGAGCCGUCGCUGUGUUUCCUGGUUGGUCUGUGACCUCAGGGACGCCUCCAUAUAUUAGUAGAAUGAGUGUGGGGUUCAUUGGAGCAGGCCAGCUGGCCCACGCUCUGGUGAGAGGCUUCGCAGCAGCAGGCGUGAUUGCCACCCACAGAAUCACAGCCAGCUCCCCAGACACAGAUCUCCCCACAGUGCAGGGACUGAGGAAACUGGGUGUGAAUUUCACUACCAGCAACAAAGAGACGGUGAAAAGAAGCGACAUCCUCUUCCUGGCCGUUAAGCCCCACAUACUUCCAUUUGUGCUGGAUGAGAUCGGACCGGACAUCGAAGAUCGUCACCUUAUUGUGUCGUGUGCGGCGGGCGUCACCAUCAGCUCCAUAGAGAAGAAGCUGCUGCAGUAUCGCCCUGCUCCGAAGGUGAUGCGUUGCAUGACCAACACUCCAGUGGUGGUGCGUGAAGGAGCCACUGUGUACGCCACGGGCACCCAUGCAGAGGUGGAGGAUGGGAAGCUUCUGGAGCAGCUGAUGGCCAGUGUAGGAUACUGCACUGAGGUGGAAGAGGAUCUGAUUGACGCUGUUACGGGUCUCAGUGGCAGUGGCCCUGCUUACGCUUUCACAGCGGUGGAUGCGCUUGCUGAUGGUGGAGUGAAAAUGGGCCUCCCCAGGAGACUGGCUGUACGCCUCGGAGCCCAGGCCAUGCUGGGAGCAGCUCGAAUGCUGUUGGACUCAGACCAGCACCCUGGGCAGCUCAAGGACAAUGUGUGUUCACCAGGGGGCGCCACCAUCCAUGCCCUGCAUGUCAUGGAGAGUGGUGGAUUCCGCAGCCUCCUGAUUGAUGCUGUGGAGGCCUCCUGUGUUAGGACUCGGAAACUUCAGUUAUUGGCUGACCAGGAGAAUAUCUCUCCAGCCGCCAUAAAGAAGACAACUCUGGACAAAGUGCUCCAGCAGCCCGGAGUGAACGUAGAGGCAGCAGGAAUCAAACGCCGUGCGAUCAGUUUCUUUAACAGCAGUAACCCCAGGACCGACAAGAACUGAAUCCGCAGCAUUUAAUUUGAUUUGUCACAUCACUGACAAUCCAGGUUAAGCCCUUCAGUAAAUGCUGUUAAUACACAACCACUGGCAGAUGGUCUCUGAAACAUAAGCUAAACUAAUGAAAUGUUGUCUAGAUAAAAAAAAACAUCUGAAUUUGUGAUGAUACCUGAUGCAUGUUUAUAUUUUUAUAAUGAAAUGCAUUUCCUUUGCAAUGUUUUGGAUUGUUCAUUGAUUCCUCCCCAUUUAAGGCUAUCAAAUUAUUUCCCUUGGUGAGUUAAUGGACUUUGAGAUAUUUUAUGUUUCAUUAUCUGUGGGCAUUAAUGUUUUCCGAAUUUUCUGUCACUUGCUAUUUUCUCUGUGGUAGUUUGAAAAGUAGGUUUACUAGAUAGGGCAAGGUCACACAUAGUUGAAUGCUUAGCAAGUAUUGCAGGUAAUGUUGACAGGAGUUGAACUCAAUGCAAAACCACACCGAGGAUUUACUUUGCCACAGGAAGUAGAGGUGUUAUUCACCUCCUCGUAUGCACAGAUUUUGUGUGUCACCAUGGCCGUUACAUGCAGUUAAGCGUUUGUUGCUGUGUCCCGCCAAUAUGUUACAUGAUAGUUGGAACAUGUUGUUGUUUUCAUUUUGGGGUCUAUGCCUCUUUCUGUUUGUGAACAUAGCAACUAAGAAACAACGCAUUCUAAAAAUCUCAAUCUUCCACUGCAUUUUACCGCUGAUUACACUUUGGAUUAUUCUGUAACUUAUUAUCUAAUUUACGAGAAAUUGCUUCAACUCCUUAGCUAUUAAAAAUCACAAGUUUAAGGUGAUACCGAAAUAUGCUGUAGGCCUAUACAAAGCCAUACCUAUCGGUAUAAAACAAAGUAUGAUAAUUAUGAGCUCUUUGACUUGAUCAGGAGAAAACAGAUUUUUGAUUUGCAGUAGAAACUUUAUGCUGACACCAAUGUACCUCAUAUUGAUUUAGCUGUGGACCGCUGCAUGCAUGUGCAUAUAUUCAGGUAUAACAUUUCUUAGAUCAUGGUGGGACAUUAGCUAAUCAAAGUGCCUCUGUUGUGGAGGUGUGUUUUUAUGCAUUUUCCAAAAGAUGCUAUAUCAAAAUAGACUACUUAAAUAUUUGAUCAACAAAAUGUGAACCAUGACAUUUUAUGUUGUAAUGAAGCUGGGUGAUUUCAUAUUUACUUUUAUUAAUAAAUAUGAAAAAUAAAAA